CCCCCGUGCGCGCAGGCGCGCGCCCAGCCUGGGAAGCCGCAGGCUCAGCGUUCAGUGACCACAGGCUGGUUAUUGUAGGUGGCGGUGGGACCCUUCAGUGGUCCAUGGAUGGGAGAGUGGAGAUGGAGAUGUUGAGGACCUUGAAGGGCACUGCUGCUGGGGAGGUCAGCGUCCACCUGGUUGCCAACGACAGCACUGGCCACCUGCCAGCCACCACCUUCAUCAUCCCAGCCAACACCACAACCAUCAGCCUCCCCACCAAUACUUUAGAAAUCCCACGGUUCCCCAGGGAAUCUGCAAGAGCAGGAGGAUCAGAGCGGAUCCCAGGAAGCGAGCCGGUCACAGCUACGGUUCUCCCCCAGCUCAGUUCGGGGCAGGCUGGCAACACGGUCCGCGUGCUUGAGUGGAAGGACGGGGCAGCCUCUCUGCCUGGGAGCAACCUACGGCUGCGGAUCAGUGACUAUGGAACGCUGAAGGUGGUGGGCACAGACAAGUUAAGCUCCCCAGAGCUGCUCCGGGAAAACUUGGACCCAGACAGAGCCUCUCAGGGCCCAAUUGUUGGUGGGGAUGCUGCUUCCCAGAUGCAGGAAUGCCCUCAGGGGCGCCAAGAUGAGGAAACUUUGGGCCACUGCCACAUGUGUGGGCGUCAGAAUGUAACAGGGCAAAUCAGGGGUUUCUGCAGCGAGCAGUGCCAUCGACAGUUCAAAGAACGAUCUGUGAUCGUGGAGAACUCGGUGGGCAGCAACAACACAUCCGAGCUCCUGAAGCCUGUGAAGAAGAGGAAAAGGAAGGAGUACCAGAGCCCCUCCGAGGAGGAGUCUGAGCCCGAACCUCUGGAGAAACAAGAGGAGCGCAAGAGCCUGGGGCCUGAGCCCACCGCUGAUACCCCCGAAAGUGAGGAAUGGAGCAGCCAGCCUGGAGCCGGGGAGGAGAAGAAGGACGGCUGGUCGUGGGCCACGUACCUGGAGGAGCAGAAGGCCAUCGCCGCGCCGCUGGACCUCUUCCACGAUUGCCAGGCUUUCCCUCAGAACAAGAACGGCUUCAAGCUGGGCAUGAAGCUGGAAGGGAUUGACCCUCAGCACCCAUCCAUGUACUUUAUCCUCACGGUGGUGGAGGUUUGUGGGUACCGAAUGCGAUUGCACUUUGAUGGCUACUCCGAGUGCCAUGACUUCUGGCUCAAUGCUGAUUCCCCCAAUAUCCACCCCGCUGGCUGGUUUGAGAAGACUGGACACAGACUACAGCCCCCCAAAGGUUACAAGGAGGAAGAGUUCAGCUGGAGCAACUACUUACGGAGCACCAAGGCCCAGGCUGCCCCCAAGCACCUCUUUUCCAGCCAUAGCAAUAGCUCAGUGCCCACGGGCUUCCAGGUGGGCAUGAAGCUGGAGGCUGUGGACCGCAUGAACCCCUCCCUCAUCUGCGUGGCCAGUGUCACUGACGUGGUGAACGGUCGCUUCCUGGUGCACUUUGACAACUGGGACGACACCUAUGAUUACUGGUGUGACCCCAGCAGUCCUUACAUCCAUCCUGUUGGCUGGUGCCAGAAGCAAGGAAAACCUCUCACCCCUCCACAAGAUUAUCCAGAUCCUGAUAGUUUCUGCUGGGAAAAAUACUUAGAAGAGACUGGAACUUCUGCUGUCCCUUCCUGGGCUUUCAAAGUGCGACCACCCCAUGGCUUUCUCAUCAACAUGAAGCUUGAAGCCGUGGACCGAAGAAGUCCUGCUCUGAUCCGAGUGGCCAGCGUGGAGGAUGUGGAAGACCACAGGAUAAAGCUCCACUUUGAUGGCUGGAGUCACGCCUAUGACUUUUGGAUUGAUUCUGACCAUCCUGACAUACAUCCUGUGGGCUGGUGUUCCAAGACUGGCCAUCCCCUACAGCCCCCACUCAGACCCAGAGAACCCAGCUCUUCCUCUCCCGGGGGCUGCCCUCCACUCAGCUGUAAAAGCCCACCUCACGUUAAGACCUCCAAGUACAGUUUUCACCACAGGAAGUGCCCCACCCCCGGCUGUGAUGGCUCGGGCCACGUCACGGGAAAGUUCACGGCCCACCAUUGCCUCUCAGGCUGCCCUCUGGCCGAGAGGAACCAGGGCCGCGUGAAAGCUGAGCUGUCGGACACCGAGGCCUCUGCACGCAAGAGGAACCUCAUUGGCUUCACCCCCCGGAAGAAAUCCCGACACCACGGCCGGAUCGGGCGCCCUCCGAAGUACCGGAAAAUCCAGCAGGACGACUUCCCGGCUUUGCCCCCCGACAACAUGCACCAAUCCUUCUUCAUGUCGGCCUUGCCAGCUCACCCGGGUCGUUCUUUGUCCACAUGCUGGGAGCAACACUGCAAACUCCUGCCGGGAAUAGCAAGUGUCAAUGCAGCAUCAGUGACCAAAUGGACCAUCGAGGAGGUCUUCAGCUUUGUCCAGAUUCUGACGGGCUGUGAUGAACAAGCUAAACUCUUCAGAGAUGAGGGAGACUGGUUUUUAGAGGAUCUGUGGCAAACCCCUCAUUGCCUUCCUCCCCACUGCCGAGGAGAUCAGAAUUCGAGCCAAGAUGCCUUCUUAGAACAUGCCUUGAGUGUCAGCCCUGGACUAUAUGAUGUUCCAAACUCCAGUGCCAAGGUCCCAGCCCCAAGGUUUGGGAGACAGUCUAGGGUCUCUUUCAAGGCAAACAAAGGUCUGGAUCAUUUUUAGCCCAUUCCUUUGCUCUUCCAACAUGCUCUCUUCUCGUUGGCUAAAGUCCCCAUCCCCCACCCCCAAAAAACGGGCUUGGGAGUGACCGCUAGAGAGAGAGAGGUGGGCCUAGCUCCUGCAGGACAAUCUCUGCCAAAUCCCUGAGCAGCUCCGGGGAGGGGCCCGGCCCCCAUGUCUGCAGUCGCUGCCCCUCCCUGCCUGCAGGAUGGGGGUGGGCACCCUCAUCAUGAAACACCAGCAACCUGUCUUCACUGCUACAUGUCUGCAAUCCACGUUGGUGUGUGGGUCAAACUCAUGCUCGGCUUCCCAUGGAAAUGUCGCAUUUUGACUCUUUACUACUGAAUAUGUGGGGUCACUUCUGACCCAUCAUUUACAUGUUUGCUGCUUGCUCUUCAUGAGAAAUUUUUAAAAAGAAGAGAUGCUGGGGGUGGGGGGAGGCUGUGAGUGUGUGUGUACGGGGGCGCAUGUAGGUGAACUUUUUUAUCUUUUUUUAAUGAGUUCUCUGGCAUCUGUCCCUUUCUCAUGACUGUCCUUCUUCACCACUGCCAAACUGUUUCCUACAGGGGGGGGGACUCCUGGGACCCUAUCCCACCUCUGCUCGGGGGUGAGGCGGAGGGGACAGGAGAGAGACCCCCUGGCCCCGAGCAGUCACUGCCAAACCUCUCCUGCGGCCAAGCGGCACUGACCCUUUUCCUGAGAAGGUGGACUGGGCUGGAAUGCUGGGACUUCUUUGUUUCCAGCCUCACUGGUGAGGAAUUUUGAGAAUGUGGGCAAGAAAGGCUCUGGAAUCUAUAUCUUUACCAUGGGCCUUCGGGCUCCCCACUCUGAAAACUUCAUUCAGCAACUGAGCUUUUUGCCAAGGAAAGCAGACCCCUAACCAGAGGAGCUCUGUUUCUAGCAGCCUUGUGCUAUGUGGGGAGGGCAGGGGAGAACACCAUUUUCCCUGUUUUCUGGGGGCCACAGAGCCAGUCUCCAGGAAGAAUAAAAGCAAACCCAAGACCAUAAAGUAUAAAUCUGUCCACAGAGCACCAGCCUUGGCCCUGCUGGGGUUACAGGCUUCAGUCCAGAGCCAGCGGCUUAGUGGGAAGGGGUCCCAGGGCUGGGCUUUCCUGUCCCACCCAAUGGCAAGAGCCCAAGCUCCCCUAUCCCCAGUUUAAGCAGACUAUCUCUGCUCUAGCCCCUGGAUCUGCUCAGGCUCUGCCCCAUUAUCAUGCUGAAUGUGGUGUUUUAGAGAGUAAAGCCUGGAUGGAGUAGACCAGAGGGAGCGUGGAUGUGAUUGUCUAUGUCGGGAGCAUGUUGGGAGUGGGGAGAGGGAAGAGGGGAGAUCAUGUGGGUGUUAGGGAAGUACAUGAGUGGAUGAAAUUGUACAUACUGUGAACAUGGGAGAGAGGGGGAUAUGACUUGGGGGUAUAGUGUCUCUGUGUCAAGUCAUACCUGUCUGCGUGGUAUGAACACAUUAGCUGAAACGUGAGCGGGUCAUUGAGUAUUCUCUGGGUGUCUGUGUAUGUACUUGGAUGGAGAGGUAUCUGAGUGUGUAAGGACCUGUGCGAGCAAGAUUAUCUGUAUAUAAUAUGAGUGUGGGUGAGAUCUUUGUGGGAAUAUAUGUGUGACAAGUCAGGAUUGUCUGACUGUGUGUAAGAUAUGAGUCAUAUCAUAUGUGUUCAUAUAUGACUAUAUGAGAUAUGAGAAAGUAUGUAUUUUGAAACUGGAUAGGGGAAGGGCAAGGAAGGUGAUACAGAGGGGUCCAUGAGCCUAUGAGUAUGAAUUUUAGAGAGUUACAUUGUGAGGGAGGGGGGGGUGUUGUGUCUGUGUAUGGUAUGGAAGCAAGAUGUGAACACAGGGAGAGUGUUAUGUGAGUGUGGAAAGCAUAUUGUGAUUAAGUGUGUGAUGUGAAAAAGGUGCUAUGAGCACGUGGAGCUGGGGGUUGUCUUCCGGUAUAGAGAGCCCUGACCAUAGGUGCUGACCUGAAAGGCCAUCUGCCCAGGACAAGGUCAGGACUUAGGGAGAAAGUUAAGGGCUAUUACAAUUUGAAUUUUUUUCUUUUAAAACAAAACAAAGACAGAUAAAUCCAAAGCAUUGCCCACUCCUGCCCCUUCACCCUACCAAGGUGGAACCCUGCUGGGGUUCAUUUAAAGAAGGGGAAGUUAAAAGAGAGGCCCUCAGUCCUCAAUCUGCAAGCUGCAGAGAGCCAAGCAGAAGUAGGACAUUCUUAUGAAGACAUAGAGUGCAGGUUUGGGGAUGGGACCUCUAGAGUCACAGAGGAGCCUUUCUUGGGGAAGGAGGAGGGGAUCCCUGUACAAAUGGAGCAGGUCCUAGGGAGCUGUGGGAAAGGGUAUCUGUCAGAAGGAUGAGAACUUGCUGUUGUCUUUGUCUAUGGUGCUACAGCAACUACUGCUUAUCCUGACCAGGGACUCUAAAGCCAAAGGCAUUUUGGAAUUGGGGGGCAGGGGGGAGCUGGAAACCAGCUGCAAUCACUUGCCCAGAGUGACUUGGAACUUAUAGGACCUGGCAGGAGUCCCCCGCUUCUGGGGUUUCCUUUUUGGUGGUGAAGCUGCUCCCCUGUUGAUGAGGCAAUUUUGUGCCUUGUUUGGGAAAGAUGUCUUGUUUUGUCAGUGUCCUGCCUGCUCUUUACCCCCAACCCACCCCCACUUCUCUGAGUUCAGUGUCUCCCAUACCCCACUGCCUCUGCAUUAUCACUCCAAAGUGAAGAGAGACCUCAGAAGCCAGCAUUAGAAGGCGGGUGACUUGUUCCCAAAGGGCAUGGCCUGCGAGCCCUCCGGGGUGAUGGGGUUGGGGUGAUAGCAUUGAGUUUUGUCAAGGCUUCACUGGUGCAGAGGGGGCCAGAAGUCUGAUUGACCCUCCUCCAAUCCUGAUUCUUGGGCCCGGCAUUAUAGUUUUUAGUCGGCCUCUUUGUUAAAUGAGAGAAAAGUUCUUUCACCUCCUGCCUUGAGGCAAAAUGACUGGUGCUAGGUCAGCCCCUCCAGGACCGCUAGUGAGGUGCUAAGCCAGUAUUUGCUUCCCUGGAGGGAUGAUCUGCCAGCAAAUACUUGUGUUGUUUGGUUGUGGAGAAAGUAAGAGAAGCGGGGACUUUCGCAGGAAGGGACCCUAACCUCCCCAAACCUGGAAGCAUCCAUACUUUCUGCAUCAAUGUCAAGCACUUUGGAAUGGAAGAAAAAUCACAGAAGGGGAGAAAAUUCAGCCAUUGCCUUUUGUCUCUCCAGGAUGAAAUCUUUGCAGUUGGAUGUGGGGGAGGCAAUGGGGGAUUGUUUCUAGCUAACUUCUUUUAUUCCUCCUCACAUCCCCCCGCCCCAACCCUGCCAGUUUCUGAGGGAUAGGGAGAUGCCCAGCCCUGGAUUUGAGAGGUGAGAGGCCCCUUCUGUUUAAGUUUGGAUUUGGGAGUGUGGGGAUAACUGUGGUGACAACAAAGGAACUUUUGCACUUUUGUUCUUUUGCACAUUUUUUGGGCACGUUUUUGAUAUUUGCACCAUUUUUUUUGUGUUUUCAUGAGGAAAAUACUCUGAUUCAAGUAGAUGCAGCUAAUCUGGAGCUUUAUGUCCCAAGUAUACAGAGUUUAAGUUGGGGAAAAGUUACAAUAAAGUGUGAUGUGUUUUGUCAGUGUUUUGAAAUUAUCAGUAAAUAAAUGUGAACAGCUGAAUCAAAUGACA